AUGGCGAAAAAGGGCAGUUCCAAGGCUGUCACGGCUUCUAAGGUUGACAGUGAAGCGCUGAGAAAAAGAAAGCCGGAAGCGGAAGAGGAUGACGUUGCUCAAGACGAGUUCAACGUUGAAGGAUUAAUCGAUCCCGAAUCCGAUGAUGAAGAAGAAGAAGAAGACGACGACGACGGAGAGGAAGGGGAAGUGGAAGAAGACGAAGAGGAAGGCGAAAUACUCAGCAGUGAUCCUGACGCAGACGACUUUGACUCUGAAGAAGAGCUAAACAAACUACUCGGAGAAGAAGAAGACCCCAGCGACUAUAGUUCGGUCGAGUUUUCAGACGACCCCAAGGACGAAAAAGCAUUCGCCGACGUAAAGAUCAGCAAUCUAUCCGUCAACGACGACGACAAGGAGAAAGAAGAAGACGCGGAAAUACACACCAAGUUUUCCGACGGCAGACCCAGAAUCAUCAAACCGGAAAUCGAGCCCGUGUACGACAGUGACGAUAGCGAUGCUGAGAACUUCAACACCAUCGGCAACAUCCCCAUUUCCGCGUACGACGAGAUGCCCCACAUUGGUUACGACAUCAACGGGAAGCGGAUCAUGCGACCCGUUAAAGGGUCCGCGUUGGACCAAUUGUUGGAAAGCAUAGACUUGCCCCAGGGCUGGACAGGAUUAUUGGACCAAAACACGGGCACCGCGUUAAAGAUCACCGAUGAGGAGUUGGAGUUGAUACGUAAGAUCCAACAGCAGGAAAACACCGACGAGAAUAUCAAUCCUUAUGAGCCGUUGAACGAUUGGUUCACUAAGGACCAGGAAGUUAUGCCCUUGACGGCGGUGCCUGAACCAAAGAGACGGUUCGUGCCUUCGAAACAUGAAGCUAAGCGCGUGAUGAAGAUUGUGCGUGCUAUCCGCGAAGGCCGCAUCCUUACUCCUGCAAAGGCCAAGGAGCAAAAAGAAAAAGAAGACGAAGAAGAGAUGAAUUUCGAUCUUUGGCAAGAUGAAACUGAAGUUGUUGACCAUAUUAUGAACUUGCGAGCUCCGAAAUUGCCCCCGCCUACCAAUGAGGAAAGUUAUAAUCCACCUGAGGAAUACUUGCUUAACGACGAGGAGAAACAGGAAUGGUUAAACCAGGACCCAAUCGACCGUGAAAAAAAUUAUAUCCCGCAGAAAUACAAGUCGUUGAGACAAGUGCCUGGUUAUCAAGAGAGUAUACGCGAGAGAUUCGAGAGAUCGUUGGACUUGUAUCUCGCGCCGCGGUUGCGCAAGAACAAAUUGAACAUCGAUCCAGAGAGCUUGAUACCGGAACUUCCAUCGCCCAAGGACUUGAGGCCGUUUCCUAUCCGUUGUUCAACUGUGUAUCAAGGACACACGGGCAAGAUACGAACAUUGUCGAUUGACCCCCAGGGGAUCUGGUUAGCGACGGGUUCCGAUGAUGGGAGCGUGAGGAUAUGGGAAGUGUUAACGGGGAGACAAGUUUACCACGCCCAAAUUGUCAAUCGCGAGCGCAACAACGAUGAUCAUAUUGAGUCGUUGGAGUGGAACCCCGAUCCGCUGACGGGGAUCUUGGCUGCUAGCGCUGGCGAAAACAUCUACUUGAUGGUUCCGCCUGUGUUUGGAUUCGAUAUUGAGAACACGGGUAAGUUGAGGAUUGAGAGUGGUUGGGGGUAUGAUACUUUUGGCAACAAGAAGCAGAAUUUGAAAGUCAAUGCCGGCGACGAUGUUGACGCUGAUGGUGACGCUGACGAAGCAUCCGCUGCUGGUGGUUCCAAUGGCGCCUCGACCGUGAAAAAGGACGUUGCCCAAUGGAUCAACCCCAACGCAACUCAACAAUCCAUGGGCAUAUCAGCCAUCAUCCAAUGCCGCACCACAGUGAAGAAACUCUCAUGGCACAGGAAAGGCGACUACUUCGUGACCAUCUCCCCCGACAGCAAAAACACCGCGGUGCUAAUCCACCAACUCUCAAAACACUUGUCGCAGUCUCCCUUCAAGAAAUCCAAGGGAGUAAUAAUGGACGCCAAGUUCCACCCAUUCAAACCGCAGCUCUUUGUAGCGUCGCAGCGGCAAAUCAAGAUCUACGACUUGGCACAACAGACCCUCAUUAAGAAAUUGUUACCGGGCGUAAGACUCCUUUCCACGAUAGACUUGCAUCCACGCGGCGACAACUUGCUCGCUGCCUCAUACGAUAAACGAGUCUUGUGGCACGACUUGGACCUCGCUGCUACCCCUUACAAGACCUUGAGGUACCAUGCGAAAGCGGUGCGCCAGAUCAAGUACCACAAGGGUUCGUUGCCGCUUUUCGCUUCCGCGAGUGACGAUGGCGUCAUCCAUGUCUUCCACGGCACCGUAUAUGACGACUUGAUGACCAACCCUUUGCUUGUGCCAUUGAAGAAAUUGAGCGGCCAUAAAGUGGUGAAUCAGAUUGGGGUGUUGGAUAUCGUGUGGCAUCCGAAGGAGGCGUGGUUGUUUAGCGCGGGAGCUGAUGGCACUGCCCGUCUCUGGACUACAUAA